AAACAUCAAAGCUGCGCUACACGAACAAACUCUAAAGAGUUCAGACUCAGCGGACUCCUACAAAGUUUGAAUUCAACUUGAAAGCGCUCCAGGCUGUUAAUCCUUGGCAUUACGCAAACACCACGGAAGUGGUUUUCUGGCACAGUUAAUAUUCAAGACUCGCCUGACCGUCCAUUUUCGCUCUUUGCGAGAUCUCUCCCGGUCGAAAUGGCGGCAGAGAAGAGCCUGCAGAGGGUCACGCUGACCAGCAACGAUGGCACCCAAAUCGAAGUUGAUCGUGCGGUGGCCGAGCGGUCAAUACUGAUCAAGAACUUGAUCGAUGACUUGGGAGAGUCGGCCGUUGCUUCCGACGCGAUUCCGAUUCCCAACGUGAAUGACGCCGUCCUGCGCAAGGUCCUCGAGUGGUGCGAGCACCACCGCAAUGACCCGCCCCAGUCAGCCGACGAUGAGAAUGACAACCGCAAGAAGACUACCGACAUCGACGAGUGGGAUCAGAAGUUCAUGCAAGUCGACCAGGAGAUGCUCUUCGAGAUCAUUUUGGCUGCCAACUACCUCGACAUUAAGGCCCUCUUGGACGUUGGUUGUAAGACGGUUGCCAACAUGAUCAAGGGAAAGUCGCCUGAAGAGAUCCGCAAGACCUUCAACAUCACCAACGAUUUUACGCCCGAGGAGGAAGAGCAGAUCCGCCGGGAGAACGAGUGGGCUGAGGACCGUUGAAACUCCCUAUCGCCUACGGGGACUUCCGGUCUCGAACACUUGCCCAUCCUGGAACUGCAUUGAGCGGGACCUUGCCUUUAGAGCCCGCCCUCAACGCCGGUCCCGUUCGGCUACUCUCCCCAAUGCUAUCCCGUACAUGGCGUUACGGUAUUGAUCUGAGGGUUGUGCUCCGGUGCUUUUUUCGGUUUGCUUUUUCUUUAAGGGGGGAAGAGGGAGAGAAGGGUAAUCGCCAGGUAUGUCGCCAGGUAUUUCUGCCAGGCGGCCCGGCUUUUUAGCUUUCUAGCAUUAAGGGAAGACAAUACGAGGGAUUAACGCUGCAUUGAUCAUUAUGUGCAGCGCUGAGGACGUCGCUUGUUCCUCAGCUCUGAUCGUCGUGCGGUAGCGCCGGGCAUCUUGCCACAUACGGUGAAGGUCCAAAUCAGAGAACACAUCGCCAUU